AUGCCGAUCCCAUUUCCUUCGCAGAAGACCAACCUCACGGAAACACAUUCUCCAGCAUCAUCUUCCUCCUCCUUGCCUUCCUACCCUUCAUCGUUGGAAUCGGACUCAGAUUCGGAUGCAUCAUCGCAAGCGGACACAGAGGCAGAACUAGAAGCGAUGAUUCAGGAGGAAUGGGAAGAAUCGCUAAGACAGCUAGAAGUGGUAUUGAGUAUAGUCGUCAUGCCUACUAUUGGGAAAUGGUUUGGUAGGAUGUGGUCAUAUUGGGCUUGGGCAAGGUAUCAACGUUUGGGUACUCUGGGAAGACCAUUUUUCGGAUUGAAUCCAUAG